GUAUAGCAUAAUAUGAGUAUUAUCUGCACUGAAUUGGUUUAUCUGAGUCCACACUGUCAUAUAAUCCAGUUUAAAGCAAAUAAUGUGGGAUUUUAUUCAGCUGUGUGGGAAGGGCCCUAGACUUCUUCUACACUGCCAUAAAAUCCAGAUUAUCAAAGCAGAUAAUCCACAUUAUCUGCUUUGAACUGGAUCAUAUGUGUCUACACUGCCUGAUAACCCAGUUCAAAGCAAAUACAGUAAUCUGGAUUCUAUAUGGCAUUUAUUUGCUGCUAAGCAUCAACGCAUGAGUUAUUGUUAAUGGGCUAACCGUGGUCAAUGUGCUCUCCCACUGUAACCAGUUUCACUCCAAUUCAUAGUCGAGUUCUGCAAUUUUGCCCCUCACCAUCAUGGCCGCCGUGGGUGCGGCUUCGCUGUACUACGCAUGCUCCGAUAUGCUGCCUUCUCAGAGCGCAUGCGCAGCCAACUCGAGUAAGGGCUAGGGAAGGCUCCGUUGGGCCUACCGGCGCUGUUUAAAGCCCAAGCCUUCGGCCGCACCUCGCCUUCUCAAUAUUGCCCCGCCCCUUUUGAAAUACUGUCCAAUCACAGCGCCGCUCUUCUGGGAACUGACCAAUGAAGAGCAGGGAGUGCGGGGGAGGGAAGGACUCUAGGCGGAGCCAGUUGAAAGGCACUAGCCAAUCGAAAGGCGUUUUCGCCCAGAAGCGCGUGGCUGUCUUUUUUUUUUUAACCCCCUUCGCCCAGAUUUUGAGUUUCGACCAAUCAGGAGGCGGUUUACCUCAGGGAGGUUGGCGACGAAGGGCGUGGCCUCGUUUUUUUUCUUCUGGCCCCGCCUACUUCCUCGCCGCGGAGCCAAUCAGGGCGCGGUGUGGCGGGAGGCUCGCGCGCGAGGGGGGAGGGGGAGGGGAGUUCGCGCAUGCUCCGUGGUGGCGCUUUGCCUCUCUCUCUCUCUCGGUGCCUCUUUUUCCCUCUUCUUCGUCAGUCGGGCGCGUCCCCUCCUUCCCUCCAGAAGGAGCCGCCUUCCUCGCCUCAGCCAAGGCAGCCCUGACGCUGGGCCUUCCCCGAUGGCGGCCCCGGUGAAGAAGGGCCCCGGCGGGCUGAUCGGGCUCAUGAAGGACGCCUUCCAGCCUCACCACCACCACCACCUCGGCCCACACCAGCCCGGCGCCGUCGACAAGAAGAUGGUCGAGAAGUGCUGGAAGCUCAUGGACAAAGUUGUGCGUUUGUGCCAGAAUCCCAAGCUGGCCCUGAAAAACAGCCCUCCUUACAUUCUAGACCUGCUUCCUGACACUUACCAGCACCUCCGCACCAUCCUGUCUCGCUAUGAGGGGAAGAUGGAGACGCUAGGAGAUAAUGAAUAUUUCAGGGUGUUCAUGGAAAACCUGAUGAAAAAGACAAAGCAGACCAUCAGCCUCUUUAAAGAAGGAAAGGAGAGAAUGUAUGAAGAGAAUUCCCAGCCCAGGCGCAACCUUACCAAGCUGUCCCUGAUCUUCAGCCAUAUGCUAGCGGAACUCAAAGGCAUCUUCCCGAGCGGACUCUUCCAAGGAGACAACUUCCGAAUCACAAAGGCAGAUGCAGCGGAGUUCUGGAGAAAAGCUUUUGGGGAAAAAACCAUUGUUCCCUGGAAGAUCUUCCGUCCAGCUCUACAUGAAGUGCAUCCUAUAAGCUCAGGCCUUGAGGCAAUGGCACUUAAAUCAACUAUAGACCUGACGUGCAACGAUUACAUUUCUGUGUUUGAGUUUGACAUAUUCACUCGUCUAUUUCAGCCGUGGUCAUCUUUGCUCAGGAACUGGAAUAGCCUCGCCGUGACCCAUCCCGGUUACAUGGCAUUCCUGACAUACGAUGAGGUCAAAGCACGACUUCAGAAAUUCAUUCACAAGCCUGGCAGUUACAUUUUCCGCCUGAGUUGCACGCGACUCGGUCAGUGGGCGAUCGGUUAUGUGACAGCGGAUGGAAAUAUCCUCCAGACAAUUCCCCACAACAAGCCCCUUUUCCAAGCAUUGAUUGAUGGCUUCAGGGAAGGCUUUUACUUAUAUCCGGAUGGGCGGAAUCAGAACCCUGACUUAACUGGUCUGUGUGAGCCCACCCCACAGGACCACAUUAAAGUUACACAGGAACAAUAUGAAUUGUACUGUGAAAUGGGUUCCACCUUCCAACUAUGUAAAAUCUGUGCAGAAAACGACAAAGAUGUGAAAAUCGAGCCCUGCGGCCACCUGAUGUGCACUUCGUGCCUCACUUCCUGGCAGGAAUCCGAAGGGCAGGGCUGUCCGUUCUGCCGCUGUGAAAUUAAAGGCACGGAACCCAUUGUCGUUGACCCCUUUGAUCCCAGGGGAGGGGGAGGACUGCUCCGGCAAGGCGCAGAGGGGGCCCCGUCCCCCAAUUAUGAAGACGACGAUGACGACCGAGCGGACGAAUCACUCUUCAUGAUGAAAGAACUGGCGGGUGCAAAGGUCGAACGUCCCCCUUCUCCAUUUUCAGUGGCUCCACAGGCAUCACUCCCUCCGGUGCCGCCACGGUUAGAUCUCCUGCAGCAACGUGUCUCCAAUCCUCCUGGAGCUUCAAGUCCAGGGACCACCUCUAAGGCUGCACUGGGCUCCCUCCACAAAGACAAACCUUUGCCAAUCCCACCGACGCAUCGAGAUCUCCCGCCUCCGCCGCCUCCAGAUCGGCCGCAUCCGGUCGGGACAGAGAGCCGACCUCAGAGGCGGCCCUUGCCUUGCACGCCGGGAGACAAGUUGCCUCCCGUUCCCUGUAACCGCCAGGCAGAGCUCUGGCCCGUGCGGCCCAUCCCCAAAGCGCCCGGCGUCUCUUUAAGCCCUGGCGAGCCUUGGGCAGGCCGAGACCUGACAAACCGGCACUCCCUCCCCUUCUCGCUGCCUUCUCAGAUGGACUCCAGAGCAGAGCCCCACCGGCACGGAAGCACUCUGAGCUUGGACACCACAGCGUCUUCGAACCAACCCAGUGGGCUCCCUGCUGGUUUGGAUGCUGAACACUCCAAAAUAAAACCGUCUUCUUCUGCCAGUGCCAUCUACUCCCUUGCUGCAAGACCGCUGCCUGGGCCAAAGCUGCCACACGGAGAGCCCUCCGAAAACGACGAAGACACUGAGUACAUGUCGCCGUCCUCCCUGCCCCUUGUGCCGCCGCUCGCCUCGGCCGGACAAAAGCCUGAGGCCAAAUUGCCUUUGGAGGCGAGCCAGAGUUCACGGGUGUUGGAGGGUGACGAGGACAUGGAUGGGUGCACCUACGAAGCCAUGUUCAACAUCCACUCGCAGGCAGCGCCUUCUGGUUCUGAGGCUGCCGCCAGCACUCUUGAGGGGAUCGAUAGCACAGCUUCCAAUGCCACCAAUGGUCCCGAGGAGUCGGAGAAUGAGGAGGAUGGUUACGAUGUGCCCAGGCCAGCUCUCCACAUGACCAUGGCCCGGCGCACACUCUCCGAUAUCUCCAACGCAGCCUCUGCCUUCAGCCGCGCUUCUCUGGACGGGGAGGUCCUAGCAGGUUUCUCUGACGGCGCCCAAGUUCCAGAGAGGCCCCCCAAGCCCUUGCCGCGAAGGAUCAACUCUGAGCGGAAAGCAGGCAGCUGCCUGCCGGUGGGCGGUGGAGCAGGGCCGGUCCCUGCCGCCGCCUCCCUGCAGCUCUCCAGCGAGAUCGAGAGCCUCAUGAGCCAGGGCUACUCAUAUCAGGACAUCCAGAAGGCCCUCGUCAUUGCCCACAACAACAUUGACAUGGCCAAGAACAUCCUCCGGGAGUUUGUCUCCAUCUCGUCCCCGGCCCACGUGGCCACAUAGCACAGCCCCUCGCUCUGCCUGGGACCCCCUGCCUGGGCGGCACCCUGCCCAGCGUCUUCCUAGAGGAGUUCAUAGGCUCCUGGAGAGACUUCCUGAGAAGUCAGGCCUGCCUCGACGGAGCGUCAUCGGUCAUCAGGGUUUUAUGCGAUUCCGGGUGUCAAAAGCGAGCGGAGUGAAGCGGAGCGGAUAGGUGUGUGUCCUCGACAGUCUGUGUGUGUCUUUUCCAGAGUCUCCCCCGACCCCUGCACUUUCUGAUUUGAGAGAAAACGGACGUGUUGUGUUUCGAUAGGUAUGCCUAGGCUCCUCUACUGGGCUGGGAUAUAUAUAUCUAUAUGUCUCGUGCUGUGAAUUCAAACUGGAUGCCGGUCUCUCGAACGGCAUCUCCAUGUCGCUCAUGGCGUGCCCUCGCGUGGUUCAGGGCACCGGACGUGGGCCUUUUUGCUGCUGUAUGUUUUGGCUCAGGCUCUUGAGACCAGGUCCUAGACGACGGAAGAGGUUUCAGUCCUUUCCUUCUGUUAUAAUAUUUCCCCAUAGGCGUGCUCCCUUCCGUAUUGGCAGUCAGGUCCACUUUCUUCUUGUGCUGAGUCUCUUCCUUGCCAGCGUUGCUUGCCACACACUGGAUUGCAAGGCACUGUAGAUGCUGGACUGUUCUCACCUGUGCCGGUGAGCCUCAGAUGCUGCUUUAUUUCCCUGUCCUGAGCAUUAUAUUUGGAAGUCUUUUCGCGUUGAAUCCAGACUGCUGUGGAGCGGAGUCUUUCAGCCGUCGUCUUUCAGCACUCCUGGUGCUUUCGCUGGUUGGCACAACAUAUGGCAUCUUUGCCACUCCACCCUCUCCUUAGUGAGCUUCCUUUCAAAGUGGGAGAUAACCACCUUCUGGGCCUUUCCCUUAUUGAUUGACGUAUGUUUAACCUCCCAAGAAAACCUCUUCCCAGCUCAGCAAGAAAAAAGCACUGCUCUUCAUAAAAGGGAUCUUUUUCUCUAUCCUUGAUCCAUUUGAGAUGGAAGCUCAGACCUUUUGAUGGGUGACAUGUCACAAGGAAUUUUAGUUUUUAAAAAAUUAACCAUCAGUGCUGUGUUUGAAAAAGAAUGAAAGUUUUCAAGUUGGAUGGCAAUGGUAGAAAAUGGUGGAUAUGGGCCUGGACAACCACAGUCAGGCGGGCAGCUUGUGUUCAGAGGACUUUCCUGUGACAACGAGAUGUCUAUCUUGACAUACAUUGCAUGCUUGAGUCUAAAUAGCAUUGGUUUCUCUUUUCCUGAUAAAGAAAUGCUAUCUCUUCCACUGAAAGAUGUCACCAGAGGAAAACUGCGCUUGUACGAACUGUGUUUUGCUUUACAUGGACAGCUUUGAUUGGAAAUUCUGGCAGAAGACGUUUGUUUGUGCAGGGAUCUGUUGUCGACGGGUCACUCACAUUGCAUGGGGAAAAGUGUGAAGAUUGGAAGCCACUAUUGGCGGUCUCUUGCCGUAAUGCCGAAGCUGAGUCACUGGCUUGGCCAGCGGUGGCUCUUGCAUAACUUUUCCUGGCCCAGGUGAAGAGCUGUCUGAAGCCAACGCCUCACUGACGCUGCAUGCAUGAGACGCUCAGCAACAACAUCAAUCCAAUUUUGGUGUUUCCAUGUGAAACAUUGAAGUCUUUCAACCUGGCAAGCCUCAGUGUGUUUUGUAGGGUUUGUUUUGAUUUUUCAGAUCCUGGUGACAUGUAUCAGUGGCUGGAUGAACCCUGUCUGUAGAGUAAAAAGAGCUGUGACUGGGCAAUUCCUUAAGAACUAAGUGACCUGUGCUUUCCUAAGUUGGUAGGAUCGUGGAAUACUCCCUUUUUCUCUCCAAAGGGCCCGAUGACUGCACAUUGAGUUGGGGUUCGGUUUGCUAAAAACUGCAAAAGCCAGUCGGAAGAAACUGUUAAGGUUAACAUCACUGAGUUGGCAACCAGCCUUCAUUGCCAGCUUGCCCAAGAAUGCCUUGUCCAAAGGAGCAGCACCAAUGUGUGUCUCUGUGGAUAAUGGGGCACUUGUGAGACGCUUGAAACACCUUCUUUUGACUGCCGGGACCAUUCCAGAAACUAGGUUGAGCCUUGUCGCAUGUGUAGCCAGCCGGCGGGACUUUUCUGCAUGUGUCCUCUCUGUCCACAUCUUGUGUCUUAAAUAACUUUUCUUCAAGCGGCUCUUUCCUCCUCCAACCAGAUGAAUGUCUUUGUUUGCAAGCACAAGGGGAGGCAGAGCGGAAAGGCUUCCCGAAAUGUAAAUCCUGCUGCUUUUAAAUCCUAUGUCUCUUGCAUUUUUUUAAAAAGCUGGACUUUGUUUUGACUUUAAAGCCAAAUGUAUAGUGCCUUUCGAGAGGGAAAAAUGCUGUAAUCACUAGGCUUUGAUCCGAAAUAGAAGAGACGGAUGGGGAGACUUGACUAGGGAAAGCAAAAGAGAUUUUCUUUAUAUUCAACAGCUUGGAGGAUGGCAUGUAGCAAUUCACCUUGGCAAGCUUUCCUGCCUUUAGCCCUUAUAGUAACCAUGCAUGGUUGCCAUUGAUGGCUGCUGAAGCUUGAAGUGGACACAGGUAUAUUUCAACAAAUGAUGAGGCUCAUCCACAAACCCAAGCUGUCCCUAGUCUUUCCUCCUCAGUAAAAGAAGCUGCACAUGUCCCAUCUCAGCAGAAGCGUGAGAAAUUGUGGUGUGUUCCAUCCAAAAGCAAAAAGAAAACUCCAAUCUGUCUCCUUCCUUUCUUCCUAUCCCACAUUUGACCAGAAACAAGGGAUAUUUGGUGCCAACUUUCCUGCUGUCCUUAAGACCUCAGUCUACAAAAAGAGGGACUGAACAUGAUCCAUCAGGGUCUUCUCUUGUACUAUUGAAACCCUGGUUCAUUUUUCUUCAUUGUGCAAAGUUUUCCUGUGGAUUUCGUCUUUGCGUCUUCGGCAUUCAGUGCCUGUUUGGCUUCCAGAGGUUUCUCUAUUUUGCCUUCCUUUUUUCUUGUGGCAUCAGCAUGCUUUGCGAACGCCGCCCCUUCCAGGAGCCAAUUCCGGACCAUGUUAACCAAGCCGCCGUUUUAACUCACUGACAAAGAACAUUGCUGUCCUUGGGACUCAACCCGCAAGAGGGAAAAGACGGAAAGGUGAAAUUUAUAAUUGGGAGAGGGGUUAACCAGUAGCUUUAUUUCUCUUGAAGGUCGAGAACCGAUUUAAUAUCAGUGUUAAAAAUAAAAAGAAAAGUCAGAUUUUCACUAUUUUAAAAGUUAUAAUAAUGUCAUUAAUAUAAAGAAAAGUAUAUUAGCAGUAUUUAAUCCUUUCAGACCUGUAAAGAAUAAGGACAGAAGGUAAAUAUUCUUACAGAGUAGCUGAGCUUUAAGGUUCAUUUGGUCUAAAAAAAACAAAGUCCUCAUUUUUGUUCUGCCAGAUGCAUUGUUUAAUGUUUUAGAGGUUAUACUAAUGUUAUUUAUUUUUUAUUUUUCAUUCUCGUAAGCUACCCACUAAAGAGCUUGUGAGGGGAGGGGAGGAGCGGGAGAGGGGAAGAUUUAUGGUAUUCCGUGUGUGUUGGUUAAAAGGAAAAACAAAACAAAAAACAGAAGUUUUAUUUUUAAAUAAAUUUCUUUGUUGUAGCAUA